AUGGGCUCUGCUGCAACUGUAACUACCACUGCUACAUCUACAUCUACAGCAUUAUCUAAUCAAGAAAUUUCACGAAAGGAUAAACGAAGACAUAAUUUGGAAAUCAAAGUAUCCAAAAUAUAUAAUAAUUUCAUUAAUAACAAAGACGUUUAUUAUCAAGAACGAUUAACUUUCUUGCAAACACAAUUAACAACAUUACAUCAAGGUAACAAUAAGGAAUAUUUGAGAAAAUUCAAGGAUCUCGAAGAAGAGAGGGAUCUAGAAUUGAUUCGAUUAAGAUUAUUUGAAGAGUAUCGCAUUAAUAGAAGUAGGAUUGAAUUUCAACAAGAUAUUAAAAAGGCCAAAGAUGAACAUGAGAAACUAAUCAAGUUAUGCAAAGAGAAAUUGUAUGAAAAUAUAGAUUACAAGAUUAAAAAAUUACAAGAGGAAAGGAUCUUAUUAGAUUUUGCAAAUGCACAUUCUUAUGCUAUGGAUUAUUCUACUUUAAGCUUUAAUAAUUCUAAUAAUUACAAUGGUUCGAAAAAUUCAAAUGGUAAAUUUAACAGCAAUAAUAACAUGUACAAUAAUGAAAUAGAUAAUGGCUUCAAAAAUACAAGAUCACAUACUUCUAGCACAUGGGAGACUUCAUCCAAUAAUGAAUAUUUAGCAGGUGCUGCUAUUAAUAAUGCAAACAAUAAUUUGGCAAAUGGUAACUUAUCUAAUGGCCGUGCCAGUAGAGAAUCUGGCAACGAAAGUUAUAAUACCACAGAUACUGGGUUCGAUAAUAGAAGAAGUUUAAGACGUCGUAGAGUAGGGGCAAAUACUGGUGGUCAAACAAGUAAUAUUGAAGAAUCAAAUUAUGGUUAUUCUUCAGCAACAGGCGCAGGUUCUAAAAAGAGGAAAACAGGAAAAUCUAAUAAUAAUUCUCAAGAUACUAAUCAUACUACAAAUGAUGCCGAAUUAUUUCAAUCGUUAGCAGAUAGGCCAGAUUUACAACGAUUGUUAUUCGGAAUAGAAUAUGUCAAUGCUAACAAGGAUAAGAAAAAGGGGAGAAACAGUCAAAGAUAUUCCAACAAAAGUGCUCCGACUUUAAAAUCAUUGAAUACUGAAGAAGUAGUAGACGAUAUUAAUAUAAUUCGUCAUUUAACAGGUCAACCUCAAUCUCCUUUUAAAAAUCCUUGA